AUGUUCUUUUCUCCAGUGAAUGGAGCUGCAGAGCUGAAGCAGACAGUCUCAGUAUCCAGACCUGCACGCAAAACAGCUCUCAUCGACUGCAUAUACUCAUCUGGAUGCUAUGAAUACAUUCACUGGUACCAGAAAAAAGAGGGCGAACCUUUUAAGAGAGUUAUGUACAUGAAACUCACUGAUGGAAGUCAAAAAAGUGAUCCUGGUUAUGGCGAUUUUAAAUCGGAGAAGUCAGGGUCUAAUUUUAUGCUGAAAAUCCCAGAUCUGCAGAGCCACCAUGCAGCAACAUACCAUUGUGCCUGUUGGGAUUACCACAUUAACGGAGCCGCAGAUCUACAACAGAAGAUGACAGUGACCAGAUCCACUGGCAAAACAGCUCUCAUCGAAUGUGUAUACACAUCUAACUGUCGCUUUUACAUUCACUGGUAUCAGAAAACAGAAAACGAAGCCUUCAAGAGAAUUCAGUAUAUCGACAUCAGUGAUGGAACUCCAAAAAACGAUCCUGGUCAUGAUGACCUGAAAGCAGAGAAAAGAGGAUCCAAUAUGGUUUUGCUGAAAAUACCAGAUUUAAAGACUCAGCAUUCGGCCACAUACUAUUGUGCCUGCUGGAUCACAGGUGGCACAUCUGGUGGUGGUUACUACUAUAUUAAAAUAUUUGGAUCUGGAACAAAGCUUGUUGUCACUGGCGACUCACCUAAGCCACCUAAGGUGACUUUGUACUCUCCCUCCGAACCAAAAGACCGUAAGAUCACUCUGCUAUGCAAUGCCAGAGACAUGAUGCCAGACAUAGUGAGAUUUGAAUGGAGCAUUGGGGACAAAGCGGCACAGGGGGAGGUUUUGGAGCAGGUGGACCCAGGGAAAGGUGUAACCAGCAUGCUGAUCAUUGACGAGAAGAAAGCUGGUGACAGCAAAUACUCCUGCAAAGUAAAGCACGAGAUAGAAGUUCCGCCAGCUGAAAGGGGUUUUUCAGAAGACGAGCCAGUGAAGCCUACACAGAAGUCUUCACAGAAGCCUUCAGCCACCUGCCCGACCAAGCAGGGUGGCCUCCAGAAAUUUGAAAUGCUUGAGGUGACGCCCGGUCUGCGUUUGUUUGUCUGGACAUAUACUUCAAUGAUUGUGAAGAGCGUGGUCUAUUUCAUUGCCGUCUGUGUUCUGCUGUACCAGAGAAGAGCUGAGGCCAAGCUAGCUCCAACAACAUAG